AUGGCAUUGUCAGCUUUCCAUGCUUUGCACGCAUAUACAGCAGAAGAAGAAAAGUCAGUGAAACUGCAAGCCUUAAAACAGAAAGAACAAUUGGACAAAAAUUAUAUGGAAGCUGAAAAGAAAAUGACUGAACACCCUCUUUACCAAGAGUUAGAAAAAGAUAGGGCUAAGGCCUUAGAAGCAGAUAUGGAAACGCGCCAAUUGCGACAGGAAAUUGCUUAUAAAAAAUAUGUAAUAGCAAAAGAAGCGGAAAUUAAAAAAACAAUAAAGGACCAAUAUCUCUUGGUCCAGCAAAUGGAAGAAAAUCUUGAACAUUUGAAGGCUGAAGAGAGUGAGAAAAUGAAAAAGUUAUUGAAGCUACAAGAAGGGGAAAAAAUGGGAAGAGUCAAAAUGAUGCAUAUAGCUCAAGAAACUGAAAGUCAACACAUUCAGAUAGAUCAAGUUGCAAACACAUCUGGAAUGAGUGAAUCAGUGUUGCUGCAGACAAAAGGAAAUGAAUGGGAUACAUCAAAACUCCAUCUCAUAUUGGAAGAACAUGCUCCGAGAAAAAUCGUAGCCCCCCAUGUGAUUCCCGAGAAAAUUCGCAUCCUAAACCAAAACAUUAUCGUUUCUGCCACCGCCCCUUCUCCAGAGCCUGAAAAACGCAAACUCAGGGACAUGGAUUUAAGCACGAAUUGGCCCAAGAAAAAGACCUCUUCAAAUGUCUCCGAAUCGUUGACGCAGGAUUCUGAGGCCAACGCAAGCAUUGAAAUGUCUCCGGAUACAAGCCAAGAAAGUCAAUGUUCCUUACAAGAUGGAUCCAUGAAGUAUAAUACCCCUCAAAAUGUUUCAUUGUUAAAGAAACCUAUGCCAGUUCAGGCUUCCCAACUGUCCAAACAAAACCAGAUUCAAUCAGUGGACACUGUGAGCUCAGAUGGAAUGCAGAUGAUGACUGGAUAUUCUUCCCAGGCUCAGUUAAGUACCCUCAGUUUUGGCAGCCAACUGGUAUCAACUGCAGGGUCCCAAAUUACCCCUCAAUCGAUUUUAACUUCUUCAAAGGAUCCAAACGGCUUUAAUGACACUUUCCGAGAACAACCUAAAUCGGUCCGAUUUAAUUUGGAACACUCUCCAUCACCUUUGAAGAUGACGAUCGAAAAACCAAAAUGUAUGGGAUAUGAUUUUUCUAAACGGGCGCAUCUUAGAGGCUCUUUGGGAGAAGGACAUGAAAAUCCGUUCGAUAUGUUUCCGUUUGGAAAUUCUUCUACACAGUUUAGUUAUAAAAACGUUCCGGAGCAACCUUCCAGCUUGAAUAGCUCUUUCAAUCUUUCUUUACCAGAAGCAGAAGAUGAGGAUGCUGGUGGAAUGGAAUUGACUAAUUCUGGAAACGAGAAUAUUACUGAUGAUCCAUUUGGAAAUGGCGGUGAAGUGCCUGGGACUGGAUCUGCCGGAGGAUUUUUUUCUUUCAAUCCCCAAGGGUUCAAGUUCCCAUUCCAGUAG